GUAUAAAUGGAAACGACAGGUUACCCAAAGAGUUCCAUCGAUGUCAAAAAGGAGAAAAAUGUCUCUUUUGUUUGAUCACCUGGACCCCUGUGAGCUUGCUGAACAUCUGACCUAUCUGGAGUACAAAUCCUUCUGCAAGAUAAUGUUUCAGGAUUACCACAGCUUUGUGAUGCACGGCUGUACGGUAGAUAACCCCAUCCUGGAGAGGUUUAUUACGCUCUUUAACAGCGUCUCGCAGUGGAUUCAGCUGAUGGUUCUGAGUAAACCCACCGCACCGCAGAGAGCUGCUGUGAUCGCACACUUCAUACAGGUUGCACAGAAGCUACUGCAGCUGCAGAAUUUCAACACGCUGAUGGCGGUGGUCGGGGGUCUCAAUAACAGCUCCAUCUCUAGGCUGAAGGAGACACAGGCACACAUCAGCAAUGAAACUAAUAAGAUCUUUAACAGUUUGCUGGACCUGCUGACGUCCUUUGGAAACUAUAGUCAGUACCGGCGCCGAUUCGCUGAAUGCACUGGUUUCCGAUUCCCAAUCUUGGCUGUUAACCUCAAGGACUUGAUAGCUGUUCAUGUCGCUCUUGCGGACUGGACAGACCCACAGAAGACUCGCGUCAACUUGACUAAAACUCAGCAACUCUAUGCCAUCCUGCAGGAAUUGGCUCUCGUGCAGAACAAUCCUCCUAACAUCGAGGCCAACACAGACUUGCUCAAUCUACUUACAGUGUCACUGGAUCAGUAUCACACAGAAGAAGAGAUUUAUCAGCUCUCAUUACAGAGGGAACCCAGAGCUGCAAAACCAGCGAACUCAACCUCUUCCUCCAGUCCAGCUCCUAAACAGCCAUCAAUGAUUGACGAGUGGGCAGCGUCAGUCAAGCCUAAAGCUGAUCCUGCUAUCAUCAGCAAACAUAUCGAGAAGAUGGUGGAUUCUGUGUUCAAGAAUUUCGACACAAACGGCGACGGCUUCAUCUCACGUGAAGAGUUUGAGUGUAUCAGGAAUAACUUCCCUUAUCUCAGCAAGUUUGGAGAACUUGAUAAAAAUCAGGAUGGAAAGAUCAGCAGAGAGGAGAUGAUAGAUUACUUUAUGAAGGCCAGUUCUUUGCUCAACUGUAAGAUGGGCUUCAUACACACAUUUAUUGAGACCACAUAUGUGAAACCCACCUUCUGCGAACACUGCGCCGGCUUUAUAUGGGGCUUUUAUAAACAAGGAUACAAAUGCAAAGUCUGUGGUGUGAACUGUCAUAAAGCAUGUCAUGGACGCCUGACAGUCGAAUGCCGUAAAAGAACGAAGAGCAUCAGUCAUGAGACCCCACCGUUACUGCAGUCCAGAUCCUACAGCUUUCCUCUGCCCAGCAAUGCCCCGUCUAACCUGCAGAACACAGUCAUCACAGAAGAGGAUGUUCAGGCAGCUGAACAGGGUGCAUUUGACUGUCACCUCUAAACUGGGUGUACAGAUUUUUGUCUGACUUCAUGAAUGGUCAGCGUGUUGUCAACAAAGAGUCUUGUGUUGAGGCAAAUUUCUUCCAAUCACACCUAGCACAACAAUGUUGAAGGAAAAAAGAUCUAGAGUUGGGUUGAACUGUGAGAUCGCAGCCUGACACUCACGGUGAGACAUGGACACGCUGCUAUCUGCUGGACUGAAGUUGCAACUGAUCAACCACCUCUUCCCUGCUGAAGUCUGAAUGUAAUCUCAAACACAUCGCAAGAUCUCAAGCAUAUUUGUAGGAUUUAUAAUUAUGGUGUACAUUCUUCCCAGGUUGCUUGAAAUACAUUGUAAUCUUACUUUUAUAAAUAGAAAAUAGAAUAGAAAAGAAAAUAAAGAAAGAGAAGGAAUUUUCAGUGACUGUUCUGAGGUACAGAAAAGUUUUUAAGAUCUUUUUGUGAAUGCAACUAAAUUGGAGCUUAAUGUCACCAAAGCAGUUGUGGCUGAAUUUCAGUGUAAACUCGUGGUGGCAUAGAUCAGGUGUGUUUGCAUCUGAAAUGUUAUGCAAUCAACUGUAAUGUUUUUAAACCUUUGAAUUUAUUGAAUCAAAAUGGGGAAAAAAAUCCCAAACUUUUUUUUUUUUUUCAAAUGAAUGUGUCUUGAGAGAGUUAACUGCAAUAAAAGAAGUAGUUGAUAUUCCAGCUAUAACUGAUGCAUCUGUUUUGAAUGCUGUAAAAAAACUAAAACAAUGAUCUGUAUAUAAAAAGAAGGAUUAUUAGAAUUAUGUAGAAUUAAAAGGCCCUCCUUUCACACCACAAAUAUUAUGUGUGAACAAGAUUUUGAAGUGAAACAAAGAAUUUCUGUAAAGCUAUUCACACCAUGACCGAACAUUUCCCCGCCAACGUUUGUUUGUGGUUGUUUUUGGCGAAUGAGUACGUUGGAAAAUAAGAUAUCAGCUUUUGGUCACAUGUCCAGAGCCUUUUCCAGCCACAUAUCUGAGCAUUAAACACUAACUGAUAAAGAAUCUAGAUUGAUUGAUGAUUAAAUGGCUCCAUGCACCAAUGGAGAUUUUAAUGAUUUCCAAUACCUUAUUUUAGAAUACUUGAUUUUAAAGUUGUUGAUAUAAAAACAUGAAUAGGAAAAUGGCAUCUUCAUGGGGAAAUGACAUUACCUUGGCAUUUUGCUGCAGAAUUAAAUCUAAUUGUAAUGAUUAUAAGUAGUUCUUGUGGUUCUGUGUUCAAAAGAUGUUAAACAUCCCUUUAAAAAAAAUUCUGUCUCUGUUGUUGUGAGAUGCCAAAAACAUCAUCUGUUUCACAACACUAGGUUCAUGUUUCAUGUUUCAGAAUAUCCCUGUUCUCUCUUUUUUUAAUGUACUGUAUGUUGUAGCAUUAGCUGUUAAGAUGUGAUUUACUAAAUUCUUCCGAUGAUCUGAGAAACUGUCGAUAUUAGUCUGGGAAAUCGGACUCUUAUGUUAGUUAGGCAUGUAACACGUUUUGUAUGCAUAUUAACUGAUAUGUUCUUUUCAUAUAUCCUAUGCUGUUUGUUGAAUGUUUUGUUUUUAUAUGUACAGUGUUUUGUCAUUAAUUAAAAGAGAAAGGAAGAUGAGAAUGUAUUUUACAUUGAAGUUAAUCUGUGGUGUUGCACACUGUUUGUUCUGUAAUACAAAAGAUGAGUUUUUUUCUUGGUGAUGAUUGAAUGUAUUUUUCUCAUGCAACCAACAUUUUAAUGUG